CUUUUGGAGGAGGACAAUCGCCGUUCAUGCUCGCAGCGUUGUAACAUUUCCCCCGGCCGAUGCUCGCAUGCUUGUUUUCGUCUCCUGCACGUUUACCUUCCCCAAAAAGCCAUUCAUUUAGUCCAAGCCCGAGUCCGCCGUAAGGGUCCGUCACCGCUCCUGCACUCGACCGCUUUUUUAUUAGAGUCGACUCAUCUUUUUAUGCCUGAUCUAUUGGGAUUCAGAGUGGGUGUUGUCACAGGACAAUGAUCGAGAGACCCGACUCAGCUGUGUCCAGCGUUGCACAGAGGAAUCUGGAGGGUUAUGUUGGAUUCGCCAACCUCCCCAACCAGGUGUACAGGAAAUCUGUGAAGAGGGGCUUCGAGUUCACGCUCAUGGUUGUCGGUGAGUCUGGACUGGGCAAAUCAACGCUCAUCAAUUCUCUCUUCCUGACAGACCUGUAUUCCAAAGACUACCCUGGACCAUCUCAGAGGAUCAAGAAGACUGUUCAGGUUGAACAGUCCAAAGUGCUGAUAAAGGAGGGGGGCGUCCAGCUCACACUCACCAUCGUCGACACACCAGGAUUUGGAGAUGCAGUGGACAACAGCAACUGCUGGCAGCCUGUCAUCAACUACAUUGACAGUAAGUUUGAAGACUUCCUGAAUGCCGAAUCCCGUGUAAACCGGAGGCAGAUGCCUGACAACAGGGUGCACUGCUGCUUGUACUUCAUCGCCCCCUCUGGUCACGGACUGAAGCCUCUUGAUAUCGAGUUCAUGAAGCGUCUGCAUGAUAAAGUCAAUGUGAUUCCUCUGAUUGCCAAGGCAGAUACACUGACGCCAGAAGAGUGUCAGCUUUUCAAGAAACAGAUUAUGAAGGAGAUCCAGGAGCACAAAAUCAAGAUCUACGAGUUUCCAGACACGGAGGACGACGAGGACAGCAAACUGAUUCGCAAGAUAAAGGAGAAGAUGCCUCUGGCUGUGGUGGGCAGUAAUGUGGUGAUCGAAGUCAAUGGCAGGAAGGUCAGAGGACGUCAGUACCCCUGGGGUGUGGCAGAAGUGGAGAACGGUGAGCACUGUGACUUCACAGUCCUGAGGAAUAUGCUCAUUAGGACUCACAUGCAGGACCUGAAGGACGUGACCAAUAAUGUUCACUAUGAAAACUACCGCAGCAAGAAACUAGCAGCCGUCACCUGCAAUGGGGUCGACGCCACCAAGAACAAAGGCCAGCUUACAAAGAGUCCACUGGCCCAGAUGGAGGAGGAGAGGAGGGAGCAUGUGAUGAAGAUGAAGAAGAUGGAGACUGAGAUGGAGCAGGUCUUUGAGAUGAAGGUCAAAGAAAAGAAGCAAAAACUGAAGGACUCUGAGGCAGAGUUGGAACGGCGUCACGAACAGAUGAAGAAGAAUCUGGAAGCUCAGUAUAAAGAGCUCGAGGAAAAGAGACGCCAGUUUGAGGACGAGAAAGCCAACUGGGAGGCGCAGCAACGCAUCCUGGAGCAGCAGAAGCUUGAUGCGUCAAAGACAAUGGAAAAGAACAAGAAAAAAGGAAAAAUCUUUUAAAGUCGUCAUGAAGUUCCAUUCCUCUUAAAACCACAAACUCCUUGCAUCUGUUUUGAUGCUCAGAUGUUUUAUGACCCCAGAAGAAACGCAUGCGCGAGUGCUACUGUACAGUUUAAUAAUAAUAAAACCUUUACAGUCACAACCACACGCAACUUCAUCGCCCUCUUGUGGUUCACCAUAAUAUUACAGCACAUUCCUAAUAUGAGCAUAUAAACAUGUCUACUAUAAUGAGCAUAUUGACCAACACUCCAUCGAAACAGUAUUUGUAAUAGUCUAUGACUGUUUUUCAGAUGUUUGGGUCACGGUAGGUUUGAAAAUGUGUGUAAUGGAGAAUAAGAAAGUGAAAGCGAGCGUUUACAUGGUUAAGCACGUAUGCAUUGAUGAGUUAGAGUGAUGUUUUUACAGACUUUGUGUGUUUCCUUGGGGUCAUAAACAUCCGUUUUAACAAUAUUGCACAGCUAAAUUAUAACAAUAACAGUUUUCCAUGUUUUUUAAACCCAUCCCCUGGCUGUGUACGUAGAUAAUUGUGUCCCUACCAUAGAUGAUGUUCUAUAAAAACGGCAUGAUUGUCAACAAUAAUAGUGGAUUUUUUAUUUUAUUUGUAUUAAUAUGGAUGGAUAUGAAAUAAUUACGAUAAUAUUUUAGGAUGUUGCUCGAACGCUCUGCCUUAAAUUUGCGGACUGUUUCGGCAUUUGUCUGCUCAUGUUUUUAUUAUUAUUUUAAAAUUGUGAAAUGACGUUCCUCAAUCUGUUCCUAAACUGAUCCGAGACCAGUUUGUUUCGACUUAAUAUACGUUUUAGGGCUGGUCCUCGAUCAGGGCUUCAGUGUGUAUAUGAACAGAUGUAAUUUUAGCCAUACCCCAACUGGUUUUCCUUUGCAGGUGUAAACGAGAAGCGUUCCUUUUUUAUGGAUUGAUGGCAAGCUCAUGCACAAAUCUCUCAGUCUAAAGGGCAAUACACAGCCUUCACGCCUCAUGUGAUGGUAUAACAUGAUAUAAUUUGCAGGUGUGUCUUUAUGCAAGUUUGAACACUCAGUUCUUCCUGUCGUGGAUGGUUAAACCACACAGACGGAUUUUAGAUUCUGAAUAAAAAGGAUUUUUUUUGUUAAAUCGCUCUACUUUUUUUAAAUAGCAGACUUGAACAUGACUCUAGACAUGUUUGUUUUAUUAUUAUUAUGCUUUUUUUUUUAUAUGUAUACGGUUUUUGAAUUCCGAAGUUUUCUUCACGUUAUCUUCAUCUGUUAUUCUUUCUGCCUAACUGUACAUUAUUAAACAUGAAAUGCUGAUAA